AUGUUUUAUCAUAUAUCCUUAGAGCACGAGAUAUUGCUCCAUCCUCGUUACUUUGGGCCUCAGCUAUUAGAUACAGUCAAACAAAAACUAUUCACAGAAGUGGAAGGAACAUGUACUGGAAAAUAUGGAUUUGUGAUAGCAGUAACAAGAAUAGAAAGUAUUGGAGCUGGUCUUAUACAACCUGGACAGGGUUUUGUUGUAUAUCCUGUUAAAUAUACAGCUGUUGUGUUUAGACCUUUUAAGGGCGAAGUACUUGAUGCUAUUGUAACACAGGUCAAUAAGGUUGGAAUGUUUGCACAAAUUGGUCCUUUAAGCUGUUUUAUUUCUCACCAUUCAAUUCCAGCAGACAUGGAGUUCUGCCCAAAUGUCAAUCCACCUUGCUAUAAGAGUAAACAAGAAGAUAAUGUCAUACAAGAGGAAGAUGUUAUAAGAUUAAAGAUUGUAGGGACCAGAGUUGAUGCUACAGGAAUUUUUGCGAUUGGCACUCUCAUGGACGAUUAUUUAGGAUUAGUGACACAAUAA